CGGCUCGCAAGGUGAUGAACCGUAAAAUGGUGGCCCAACUGCGUGGUGUAGUGAAGUUCCUGCUCGUGGCCGGUGCGCUGCUGGUUGACUUUGGUUCCGCGGAAAAUCCCUGCUCCGGUGGACCGCCCGUCGAUACGAAACCAGCCGAAUGUUGCGCAACGCCGAUGCUGGUCGACGGAACCAUCAUGAUGGACUGCUACAAGCAGUACAGUGAGCAGACGAAGAAGCAGCUCCAGAUGGACGGCAUUCCGCGCGGAUGUUGCAUCGCCGAGUGUGCCAUGAACGCGACCAUGAUGUACGCCGACGGAAUGCUGAAGCGGGACGAUCUGUCGAAAAUGUUUAUGGACGCCGUCAAGGACAAGCCGGAAUGGAUGGCGGUUGUGCGCGAUGCCACCAACGCGUGUUUCGAGCUGGCGGAGAAGAAGAAGGACGAAAUCGAAGCCGGGGCCAAGCUGGAGCCAGCCUUCGAGGGUGAGAAAAUCUGUCACCCCGUUUCUGGCACGGUUCUGCGCUGCAUGGGCAUGAUGAUGUUUGCCCAGUGCCCGCCGACCGUUUUCAAGGAGAGCGAAAACUGCAACAAACUGCGCGAAUACGGCAGCAUGUGCCCGAUGAUUUGAUUUUUGUGUGUAAAAGUAAAGGCAGUGUAGUAGACCACAAAAUACAGCAUAAGUUGAGCAAGUGCCCGAUUGAUUAAA